AUGAAGUCACGCAUCGCGCAUUUCAAAGAAAUAAAACAACAGCAAACCAAAGAGAUUUGUGACUUGAAGAAACAAAUCGAGCAGUUGACAAAUUUAUCGGAACGAUUAACGAGCGAAAAAAAUGUAGCAUUUGCCGAGAUGAACGAUAAACAAAAUGAAAUAAUCAAGAGCCUAGUUCACAAAGUCAAGCCAAGAGAUAAAUACCCAGAAACAAUUCGAAAAUUCAGUUUCACCAUGCAUUAUCAUAGUCCCAGAGCCUAUGAAUUUCUCCGCGAAACCUUUGGCAACCAUUUGCCACACUCAGGAACAAUUCGAUCGUGGUAUGUAAAUUCAGACUUAAAUACUGCUCCCAAUGUCAUCAAUGAGCAUUGCUUGAAUGUUCUGAGAAAAAAAGUCAUGGAUAAAGCUGAAAGAGGAGAGAAAUUAAUUUGCGGCAUAUUAUUCGAUGAAGUGAGCAUCCGUAAACAUAUUCAAUGGUCAAAUAAAGAUCGAAAACUUGUCGGGUACUCCAGCAUUGAAAAUCGUAACGUUACCGAAGAUGAAUCAGAAGGCGAAACGAUCGCACCUGACGUGGCUAACCAAGCACUAGUGUUCAUGGUGGUUGCA